AUGAAACCCAAAGUGAUAAAUACGACGACGGGAACGAGGGAUCUACAGAUUGUUACCCUUAGUUUGAGGCUUCUCUUUAGACCGCACACAAAGCAGUUGCCCUACUUACAUAGUACCCUGGGGCCCGAUUAUGAUGAGCGUGUUUUGCCGUCCAUAGGGAAUGAAGUACUAAAGGCAGUUGUUGCAAAGUACAAUGCAGAAUCACUUUUAACUCAAAGAGAUAAAAUUUCGAAAGAAAUCAGAGAAAGCAUAACGGCACGAGCUAAACACUUUAACAUCCUGUUGGACGAUGUAGCCAUUACACACCUCAGUUAUGGAAAAGAAUUUGCAAAGGCCAUCGAAGAUAAGCAGGUGGCUCAGCAAGAAAGUGAGCGAGUGAAGUUUAUUGUAGCUAAAACUGAACAGGAGAAAAUCGCGGCUGUUAUUAAAGCACAGGGAGAAGCGGAGGCAGCUAAGUUAAUUUCCUCAGCUGUUAAAGAGUAUGGAAAUAGUUUACUUGAAAUUAGAAAGUUAGAAGCUGCAAAAGAAAUAGCUGAGAAUUUAA